AUGGAAAAGGUGAUGAAAGAUCUCAACGUUGUGGUCUAUUUCGAUGACCUGCUAGUGAUGGGCAGGGAUGAAACGGAGAAUCUGAUGAACCUGGACAGGGUUCUACAGCGACUACAAGAAAAUUGCCUAAGAGUAAAAAAGGCAAAGUGUGACUUCGGAAAAACACAAAUCGAGUACCUAGGUCACAUGUUGGAUGAAAAAGGAGUCUAUCCUUCUAGGGACAAGUGUACUACAAAAAAAGACGAGCUUUCUGUUGAGCAAGGUUGUGUUCUCUGGGGAACAAGAGUAGUGGUGCCUACAAAGCUGAGAACAGCAGUGCUUAAGGAGAUCCACAGCAGACAUCCUGGCAUUGUUAAGAUGAAGACCAUUGCAAGGCAGUAUGUCUGGUGGCCGCAUGUGGACAUGGAUGUUGAAAAGCUCUGUAAGCAGUGUGACAGGUGCCAGUUGGAGCAGCGUAUGCCACACCAAGUUCCUCUACACCCCUGGGAGUUCCCGGGAGAGGUUUGGAAAAGGCUCCACAUUGAUUUUGCAGGUCCGUUCAUGGGUCACAUGUUUAUGCUGGUUGUAGAUGCCUAUUCUAAGUGGUUGGAGGUGUUCAAGAUGGCACAAAUUGCGUCAUAUGGAUUGCCGGAGCAGGUUGUAACAGACAACGCCACAACCUUCACGUCAGAGGAGUUUCAGCUGUUCAUGAGGAGGAACGGUAUCCUUCACACAACCGGUGCACCGCGGCAUCCAGCUACAAAUCGCCUCGCUGAGAGGUACGUUGCCACAUUCAAAGCAGGCAUGAAAAAGCUGAAUGGAGAAGAUUUGAGUGUUCUCGGUAAUAAAUGUCCCGCUUGUCUUUGGAGGAGCGACCCAUUGUGACCUCUGACCCCUGUUAUAAAAACACUCCACAAACAGACACAUGCACGCUACGAUAAAGAUUUUAUAAGACUGUUUACCAUUUACUUGUUUUUCCAAUUAAUGUAAAUUACUAUUAUUUAUUUUAUAAUUUACCAAUGCAAAUAUCAGUUCCAACGUAACCAAAUACUUACCGUACACUUUUAAUGGACACAGAUGAUGGUUGUCGGGGGAGAAUUUGUGCAUAGUGUGGGUCUCUCAGGAAUGUGACCUUUUAGGUGAGCCUGUGACCUAGAGCAGGGUGAGUUAAGGGUUUCCCUGACUGAUCUUUCAAAAUGUUGUUUAUUGACAGGGUCCCAUUAGGGGAGGGUCGCGGUGUCUCGCCUGCGUUGUCUAGUACUUCUCCAUACAUUCCUCUUGACCCACCCUGAAGUAUAUAAAUCUCCUGUUCUCCCAUAGAAACUUCAGAUCUUCCUUUUAGGGAAGGAACAAUCUGCCCCUUUUCAGCUGAAUUGUAGUCAUUCGACAACUGUCUGUACUAACGACUUGUGUUGAUGAUUUCUGUAUUCUUCAUAAUUUUUCUAUAUUCUAGUUAGUAAUAAAUACUUAAUCAGAAAACAAGUUCAAGAUGAGGUCAACGUGGAGCAUGGGUAGAGAGGGUGCGCCGAGAACCACAAGGUUGGUGGUUUGAGCCCCAGCUGCUCCAUGGGCAAAAUGUGAA